AUGUCGGCGUGCUACCCCGUCCCCACGCUGCGUCCCGACGAGCGGUCCGACCUCCUCUCGCUGCUGGCCGCCGCCGCCCGCCCGCUCACCGACGUCGUCGCCGACUUCCUCGCGCGGUUCCCCCGCGAGCGCCGCCUCCGCGUCGGCGGCGCCCUCUCCUUCCUCCUCGAGGCAAGCCACGCCCGCGCCCGCGCCCUUGCCUCUCCCCCGCUUCCGGAGCCUCCUUCCAGCUUUUCUCUUGCUUGCUUUCCUUUCGUCAGAUUGGGCGGGGACAAGAAGAUGCUUCAUCCUACUGGCCGUUUAAUUGCAUUUGCAAUUCUUCAUCAGAGCUAUUCACCGCAGACGACAAAUCCAUAUAUUCCUAUAUUGUUAAAUGCAGCCUGUGAUGAAACGUCAGAGAAAUCAGAACGGGCAUUUGUCCAAUUAUUAUUGACUUCAUCUAGUGGAAACAAUAAUAACGAGGUCCUGAAUCAGUCUGCGGUAGAUUACAUUAAUGGAUCUGUUUCAGCAUCUCAGGAUUUUUUGCCUCGGGAACAACUUGAGAAGCAAUAUUGCAGUACUAGUGUACACUCCCAGCCUCAGAUUAGUAGUUUCAGAGCUGCUAUGGUUAGAAGUGCUAUACCAGAUCCAGACGUGCCUCAAAGUUGUGCAAAUUCACCAGAGUCUUCGAUAUCACCACCUGGAAGCAAGCAGAAAUCUGCUUCUGAUGAUAGAGAUGCUACUAUUGCUGUUUUACUCCAAGACAAAUCGGGGGGAAGGUUGGGUCCGCAAUGGAUUCGGCCCACACCCCCAAGACUUCCUGUACUUGAUGGGGAGCUACAAUGGUUGAACCCUGACAAUAACCAUGAGCUAUUAUGGGAUUAUAGCAUGUGUGCUGACACGAGUCGAGGGGCUGCUAUCCGAGAUUUGAUUGCAAGAGCCUUAAAAGGUCCACUUGCACCUACCCAACAGGAGCAAGUCAUAGUAGAACUGACAAAAGAUCCUAAACUGGUUUAUUACUGUGGGAUGACCCCACAGAAGCUUCCUGAUCUUGUUGAACACAACCCGCUCAUUGCUGUUGAGGUUCUUUCGAAGCUAAUUCACUCUCCUGACAUUCCUGGUUACUUUGAUGUUCUUGUGCACAUGGAAAUGAGCUUGCAUUCUAUGGAAGUUGUGAACAGACUUACUACUGCUGUUGACCUUCCAACAGAGUUUGUCCAUGAGUACAUCACAAAUUGUAUCCAAUCAUGUCAAAACAUAAAGGAUAAAUACAUGCAAAACAGACUUGUGAGACUAGUUUGUGUUUUCCUGCAGAGUCUUAUCCGAAACAAGAUUAUAAACGUUCAAGAUCUUUUCAUUGAGGUACAAGCGUUCUGUAUUGAAUUUUCACGGAUAAGGGAAGCAGCUGGUCUAUUCCGGCUACUCAAAUCGUUGGAGUGA